CGUGGGAGGAGUGUGUUGACUGUCGCGCACUGACAAGCGGCAGUGGAGGACUGCAGGAGAAGAUCCCUGUAUCCGCAUUAGAAGACGUCAGCCCACGGGUGCCCCUGCCCAGCGCCAGCUGGGCUGGUCUGCUCAGGAGGUGGCACAGGGAGGCCUGGUAUCAGGAUUGUGCCCCCUGCAGCCGUGGGAAUGCCUCUCGUGGUGCCAGCCUGUCCCGGGAGAAGGAGAGCACAGGCGGCUGACCCUCGCUCCAGGAGACGGUGCCGCUGGGUCCUGUGUGGUGAGAGUUGGUGGCUUAAGCCCUGGGCCUCUCACACAGCAGAGCCUGACUGUUAGGAAGCAGCAGGUCCCAGUCCGCUGGGACACAGGGAAGGGAGACAGCAGUGAACAGCCCCAAAUAGGUGACCCGGCACAGACGGGACCGGAGAAGCACACGGGGCGUGUUCACUGGCCAGAGCCAGCAGAACACGUGGAAGAACACGACUCUACUUGCUGGGUCACAUUAUGUUUGAAUGCAGCUUUGGGGACCAGUGUAGGUGACGGCAUGGUUGUUUAUUUCAGUACUGCCACAUGGUUUCAUUUAUUUCAGGGAGUGAAACUCAGGAAAGAAGGACUGUCGAAAUGUGGAAGAUGCAAGCAGGCAUUUUACUGCAAUGUGGAGUGUCAGAAAGAAGACUGGUCCAUGCACAAGCUGGAAUGUUCUCCCAUGGUUGUCUUUGGGGAAAACUGGGCUCCCUCGGAGACUGUACGGCUGACAGCAAGGAUUCUUGCCAAACAGGUCUUGCUGCACAUUUUGGACUGCAUUUCCAGUCACAGCAGUGUGGACGGGAUGGAGAAAUGCUCCAGGCGGAACCUGGUUUGUGGUGUGCACUGUGCAGUUAAGAAAACCCACCCAGAGAGAACACCUUCUGAGAAAUUGUUAGCCGUCAAGGAAUUUGAGUCACAUCUGGACAAGCUGGACAACGAGAAGAGGGACUUGAUUCAGAGCGACAUCGCCACGCUGCACCAGUUCUACUCCAAGCACCUCGGGCUCCCCGACCACGACAGCCUGGUGGUGCUGUUCGCGCAGGUUAACUGUAAUGGCUUCACGAUUGAAGAUGAAGAACUUUCCCAUUUGGGAUCAGCGAUAUUUCCUGACGUAGCGCUGAUGAAUCACAGCUGCUGCCCCAACGUCAUCGUGACCUACAGGGGGACCCUGGCGGAAGUGAGGGCAGUGCAGGAGAUCCACCCCGGGGAAGAGGUGUUCACCAGCUACAUCGACCUCCUGUACCCCACGGACGACCGCAACGACCGCCUGCGGGACGCCUACUUCUUCACCUGCGGCUGCCCGGAGUGCAGCACCCGGGACAAGGAUGAGGCCAAGGUGGAGACCCGCAAGCUCGGCGACCCGCCCCGGGCGGAGGCCGUCCGCGACAUGGUGCGGUACGCGCGCAGCGUCAUCGAGGAGUUCCGGAGAGCCAAGCGCUACAAGUCCCCUAGCGAGCUGCUGGAGAUCUGUGAGCUGAGCCAGGAGAAGAUGAGCUCGGUGUUCGAAGACAGCAACGUGUACAUGCUGCACAUGAUGUACCAGGCCAUGGGCGUGUGCCUGUACCUGCAGGACUGGGAGGGCGCCCUGCGCUACGGGCAGAAGAUCAUUAAGCCCUACAGUAAGCACUACCCACUGUACUCGCUCAACGUGGCCUCCAUGUGGCUGAAGCUGGGCCGCCUGUACCUGGGCCUGGAGAACAGAGCCGCAGGGGAGAAGGCCCUCAGGAAGGCCCUGGCCAUCAUGGAAGUCGCUCACGGCAAAGAUCACCCAUACAUUUCCGAGAUCAGACGGGAGAUCGAGGGCCGCUGAAGCCGCGCCUGGCCACCCCCGGCGGAGCCUUGCAGGGAGGGAAGAUGCCAGCCUUGCACGCCCAGCUGCCCGCGCUGCUGCCAGCCGAGCAGGUUCACUGCGAAGCUUCCUUGUUCCUGAGCGCCAAAGCGCAGCCGUUGCCCGCUCGCCUGCGGCCACGUUCCAGACGACCUGGGGAGCAAAUAAAAGCCACGUGCUGC